AUGAAAUAUUUCAUUUUGACAUUAUUUGUUUUGAAUGCAUUUAGCUUCUCUUUGAACGAUGAUUGGGACGGUAUGGAAGAAGCAGUCAAAGUUCAAUAAGACGCGGUCUUGGUAUAGAGAAUAAUUAAAUAGGAUCUAGUAGACUAGUUAGACUUAUAUUCAGAAACUCCGAUCACAACUUAGAUAGAGAAUCAAGUUUAGUAAUUGAUAAAUCCUCCCCUUGAGGCUGAUCAGGCAGAAUAAGAGAACGAACAAAGCGAGGAAGUACACUCUCUCGAAUACUGGUUGGAGAGAUUGGGAGAUGAAUAUUAAGACGAAACUAUAUUGUUAUAGCAACCAUAAUCAAUUACGGAAUAAAUCACAACAGUUGUUGGCAAUUUGGUUCUAAAAGUAGGCGACGCUAAUCAAUUAAAGCUAAUUGCUGAAUAAGCUGAAAUUGCAGAUCCCUUGAUUAUAGAUGGAAUUGAAUUGGAAUAUUAGGAUAAGAAUGAUAAGGAAAAUGUUUAGAUGCAGUAACUCUUAAACUCAGCUUUGGAAAUGCAGAAAUCAUUGAGUUAAGAAGAUGAAUAACAAUAAAAUGAUCUAAAUUCUAAUUCCAAGAAGAAGCAUAAGAAGAAAAGACCAAUCAUUGAUAUUGAUUUGAAUGAUUUAACUAUGCCAGAAGACAGUGAUUAAAAUGAAAUAGAAAAUACAGUAGUGUAAGAAAAUGACACUUCUGAAAACACUAUUGAAGUCUAAAUUGAUUCCAAUAAUGAAGAAGCAUCAACUGAGGCUGUUUCUAAGUUCACUCCAAAUGAGGAAACAAUUAGUGAAGUUCAGGAUAAUAGUAGGAUGUAUAAUUUCUUGAAUGAUGCUCAUGAAGAUGCUGGAAAUGAAGAUAAUUAAGUUAAAUAAUAGCCUUAACAAUCUUAUAAUUUUAAAGAAUAUUCAUUUAAUAAAUUUGAAGGAGAUUAGCGAUCGUUUUAUAAUGAAAAAGAUGAUUCUACAUUGAAAGUAGUAGAAAGAGAAUAACCAAAAGAAAUUAUAAACAAUAAUAAUAAUAAUAAUAAUAAUAAUAAUAAUAAUAAUGGAUUAUAAUACUAAGAAGAAAACAAAUCAUAUAAAUUUAUCAAUACAGAAUAAUCAGAUUAAAAUAAGGAUUAAUAAUCUACAUUAAAUAAUUAUGAUUAACCACAAGAAACAUCAAUUCUUAAAAAAUAUUUAUUAUACACAGAUCAACCAGAAGUGAUAUCCACAGGAACUACUGAAAAAGAGAUUGAAGAUGAUAAAAAAUUAGUUGCUGCCUUUAAAUCUAUGGAUAGAGAUGAGCAUUGGGAAAAAACUAACAAGAAGUAAAAAAUAAAUACAGAUGUUAGAAAUGAACUAUUGAGAUUUACCAAUGUUGAUGAGGAACCACAAAAGAAAGAACCUGAAUUCAAAGAGGUUACAGAAAGCAAAGUGGAAAACCCCCAUAAAUUCAUUUCAUUUAAAGCUGAUCCUGAGUAUGAGUAUGAGUAGGCUGAAAAUGCAAAGAAGAAAGAAUUGGCUAAAUCUAAAUAUGAUGAAUUGCCAGAAACCAAACUCUAAACCAAAGAAGACAUGAAGAGAGAGAAAUAAUAAAAAAUACAGGAAAUGCAGAAAAUUAUUGAAGAAUAAUUGAAGAACAAGACUUUAAAAAAGAAGUCUGAAACUGACAAAUCUUUACAAUAUGAAAGUGAAUAUUUGCAAUGGGAAAGAGCUACAUAGGCUAAAUCUUACCCUGCUGAAAUCAAUUUUGUCAUGACGUAAAAUAAUUUAAGAAAAAGAUAAUGA